AUGUCCUUCGAGUCCAGGAACUUGAAGCUUUACGACCCAUUUCGGCCGCAUGUGCCUCUGGAUAUCGCCACCAGCGGCGGCGUCCCUAUCGAAAUCAGCUCGCAUCAAACUCAGAAUCUUGCAGUUUUGGUCGACCCAUGCAAGGAUCGUGUGGUUGAUCUGAUCAACGAGCUUAUCCUAAGCUAUCUGGAGCGAGUUGUUCUUCCCUCUUUAUCGUUCAGGACGCCUUCCCGGAUCGCCGAUGCUCUACUCGGAAAGCCCACGGCGGGAAAGUUACCGAUUGUCUAUUGUCACUGCUGCUUAAUACAAUCUGACGCGCAGCCAAUCCCUAACUUCGAGGUGGACUAUGUCAGUCGUAAGGUCAAGCAUUUUCUGGGGUCUCAUGUCACAGGUCAGCCAGUGAUCAUUGAAGAGGAGUCUCAGUGGAAUUUCUUAAGUCAUCGCAGAUUUGAUCUCGGACGUCCUCGAAGGUGGCCAGCGAUGCUGCAUGUCUACGGCGACCAAGAGCUGUACGAUGUCUUCCAAUAUUCCACUGUCUUGGGGAACGGGCGAGAGUAA